GCUAUCAAAGUUCCGACAUUGUUCAAACAUUGGGCUCGAAACAUUUGGUUGUAAUUACUUAAAAUAUAAACAUAGACAAGCAAAAGGCAAUUAAGUAUGUACUUUGUUAAGAAGGAACUAUUUUGAUUUUUUUUAAAUGCUUGACGUUCGUGAAUGAAUGAUAAAAAUAUAUAUUUUGUGGGAAUUUUAUCUCCUCAAAGUAGCUGUUAAUUAUUUUAUCGCUACCCUCGUAACAGCUGAUUUGUUUUGUACCUAACCACUUUUUAUUUAAUGUAACUUUGAUCUUUGACGUACGGACCUAGGUAUUUUCAUUUUUUAUUUGGACAGACUUGACAGCUGAAAUCUGACAGUAUACAGAAGUUGCUCAAAAAGGCUAGGUAUUUGCCUUUAAAAGGCCAAACUUUUAUUUUGGAUUUAGGAAUCCAGCAUUUAAUUCAGAUUUCAGAGUAAAGUUUUGCUAAAGAAAUGAAAUGAAUAUUUUGAAAAGUAUAUUACCUUCAAGAUUGUUGGAAGUCACCGAAAAAGCGGGAAUUAAUACACCAAAACAAAUAAUCAUUCUCUCGGUUUGGGAUAUAAAAAAAUUAACGAAUUUAAAACACGACGAUAUAAUGAUGCUCAAAAACAUAGUGACUCAAUAUUUUUCUCCAGUAAGCGUUUCGGGAGAUAAAUUAUGCAAAACUGAAAAAAAUCUUAAGACUGGUUGCACAGCCAUUGAUAAUGUGUUGAAUGGCGGCUUCAGAACAGGGACUUUGACAGAAAUUUAUGGUGAGAGUGGUACAGGAAAAACUCAGCUGGUGAUGCAAUUAGCAGCUCAAUGUGGCAGUGACGGUAGCGUUUUUAUAUGUACUGAGGAUCUUUUCCCUGUCAAAAGAUUUAACCAAAUAAGAAAAAAUAAUUGUAAGACAACAGAUACUGACUGUAAUAAUAUGUUUAUUGAACACUUGACUGAAGCUCAUGAACUGAUGUCCUGUAUAAGAGUACGUCUGCCUAAGUUACUGAACACAAAUAAAGUUUUAGCAGUCAUUAUUGACUCUGUAGCUGGACCCUUUAGAAGUGAAUAUACAGAUUAUGUUCACAGGGCUGAAGAACUCAAGGAACUAGGAAUUCUAUUAUAUAAACUAGCACAGGAAUAUAACAUUGCUGUCAUCUGUGUAAAUCAAGUCACCGCUAACUUUGAUAACUCAGAUAAUGUAUUACCAUCAUUAGGGUUAGCAUGGGCAAAUAUGGUUUGCUACAAACUUAAUAUUAAAAAGUUUACUGGUGUCUGCAAUAGGCCUUUAGGCCUUCAUAAUGAUAUUACAAUGAGGGAAUUAAGAGUUGUAAAUGGCCCAGAUUUACCCAGUACAGGGGUGAAAUUUAUUAUAACAGUUAAUGGUGUUGAAAAUGUUUAGUAUAAGAGAUGCAAUAUUUUUAUUCAAGAAACUAUACAUUUUUGUAACCAUCUUAGUUGCACUUCCUUGAAAUGUUGCUUAAUGAAAAAGUGUGGAUAACUCAGGACCAAAACCGAUAUUUGAUAUUGUUAUGGUAACCAUAUUUUAUGUUCCUUUUCAGUCUUCAUACCUAAAUUCAAAUUUAUUUUUAAGCACAUUUUAAGUGUGAAGUAGGUAAUUAGUACCCUUGAUAAAGGAGUAAACUUAUAAAGAAAAUGGCCAACAUUCAGACAUAUUGAAGGACAACUUCAAACAUCUGUCUUAAAUCUAUCUUUAAGAGAGAUGUCUGAAGAUGUUGAGCCUUCAAUAUGUUGGCACAGUUUCUGAGAAUAUUAAUUUAUAAAAGAAAAGGCUCAUUAAACAGUUUUUCGAUUCUGAUUGCUCAGAACAUAUAAUGUAACAUAGAAUGUAAGUUUA